UAAAGAAUCCUAAGAAUGAUCUUCAACUUUAUACUUGUACUUGUUUAUCAGCUACAGGAGGACAUCAGCGCACAAACAGAUAAAGAAACAUGUAGGAACCUAGAUGGUACCUUCAAAUGCUGCUCUGGUUAUUAUUCGUAUAAUAACAGUUGUAUUGAAUGUUUUGGAGCAUUUGGAGAAAACUGUUCCACAGAAUGUGUUGAGAAUUUCUACGGUUACAGAUGUAGCGAAAUCUGUAACUGUAAACCAAAUCAAGUUUGUAAUAAAUACGUAGGAUGUCAAGUGAAUGACAACUAUAGCAAUCUCUCUGCUUCAUUCAAUGAACAAGAAAAAGGCUGUGGUGAGAGCGGUAUACUGAUUCUGGUGAUUGGACUUGGAUCCGCGACUCUGUCAGCUUCUCUGGUGUUUGUCGGUAUUAUGUUUUGCAGAUGGCGGAUACAUUUGCAGAGUACAUUUAAAAUCAGUGAGGACAACACAAGUGGGUUUCGAGUGGACUUGCUUUCAUUUCCUGGUAAACAGGAAAUAUAUCAAGAAACCUAUGACGAUGUUCGGGAAUCCAAAAUGAGCCUCGAUGGAAAGAAAAAUGAAGAACGUGCGACAGCGGAAUACAGAAUAAACUCUACAGGGUACAAUCAGUUGUUCAACUACAAGAAUAACGCGAAAAAGAAACCAGACAAGGAAGGAGGCGAAGGGUACGCCUCUGUUGACGCACGUUACCAAAGAGAAAGUGUUCUUGUCACCUUGUCCGAGUUUCCUGGUGACGAUUGUUACGCCAGUAUUCCCCAGAAUGCCAAGCGUUUACGGAGAAUAUCAAAGUCCUGUUCCGAUUUAAAAGCGGUCACUUCUAAACCAUAUGUAAACACUUUAAGCAACAAUUACGAUGACUGUGUGCCAAAUAUGUCAGAGAAAGCUGUUUUAAUUGAGCAUUUAUAAUUCUCAUUUCAUUUAUAAUUAUCAUUCCAUCACAAACGAAGAAAACUCUUGAAUAAACAACGCGUAUUGCAUAAGAAAUCAUUCUUAGCUCACCGGAGCGAAGGCUUAAGUGAGCUUUUCUGAUCAAUAUUUGUCCGUUGUCUGUCGUUGUUGGCGUUAUCGUAAACAUUUUUUUUUUACAUUUUCAACUUAUUCUCAAGAACCAAUGAGCGAUUUUCAACCAAACUUGUCACAAAGUAUCAUUGGGUGAAGUGCAUUGAAGUUUGUUCAAAGAAAGGACCACACCCUCUUCCAAGGGGGAGAUAAUAAUGAAUUAGUGAAAAAUUAAUGGCAUCUUUUAAAUAUUUUCUUCUCAAGAACAACUGAACCAGGAAAGAUGAAACUCAUGCGAAAUCAUCCUCAGAUAUUGUAGAUUGAUGUUUGUUCAAAUCAUGAUCCCCAUGCAGGGGUAGGUGGGGCCACAAUGGACUAAUCAAAGUUUUACAUAGAAAUACAUAGGUAAAAUCUUUAAAAAUCUUCUUCUCAAGAACAGCAAAGCCAUGAUUGGUCAUAUUUAUAUGGAAACAUCCGCAGGUUGUGUAGAUUCAAGUUUAUUCAAAACAUGUCCCCCGGGUUAGGGUGGGGCCACAAUAAAUGAUUAAAGUUUUACAUAGAAAUAUAUAGGGAAAAUCUUUAAAAAUCUUCUCAAGAACAACAAUGCCUGGUUGGUCAUAUUUAUAUGGAAGCAUCUUCAGGUGGUGCAGAUUCAAGUUUGUUCAAAACAUGAUCCCGGGGUAGGGUGGGGCCACAAUAGACAAAUAAACUUUAGCAUAGAAAUAUAGGUAAAUAUCUUUUCCUCAAGAACGGCAAAGCCAUGAUUAGUAAUAUUCAUAUCGAAGCAGCCUCAGAUAGUGUUUUAAUCGUAACCCCUCCUCCUUACCCUUUUUUGCCUUUUAAGGGUAGGUUGGGACCAGUUAUGCAUUGAAGCUGUUGAUAUUUGCUUUUUCCUAGCCACAGUGCUGUGAGCGAUGUGGCCCCUGGGCCUCUGUUAUAUUGUACUACAGGGAUUCUUAGCUGCAUUCUAGCUGUAGGUGUAACUCAGGUUGAAAAUUGUAAUUAUCUGUUUUUAAAAGUAUUAACAAUGAUUUUUAAUAACAUUAAGAGAUAUAA